AUGGGAAACACUUGCUUUAUUCCGGCCCUUAUGGUGGCGCUGCUGUUGUCUAAUUUUGUGGUUUCAUUCUCUACGAAAACAACAACCAAUAUCAGCACAGACCAGUUGGCUCUUUUUGCACUAAAAGCCCAUGUCAUUAGUGAUCCUCAAAACCUCCUGGCAACAAACUGGUCAACUACUACCUCUGUUUGCAAUUGGAUUCGUGUCACUUGCGGUUCUCGGCACCAUAGAGUCGUAGAUCUGAAUCUUUUUGGCAUGAAUCUUUCUGGUACCAUACCACCACACCUGGGAAAUCUGUCUUUCCUUGCCGGACUCAACAUCGGAUAUAACAGUUUUCAUGGCUCAACAUUGCCCAUCGAAUUGGCUAAUUUGCGUCGACUGAAAGUUAUUAGCUUGUCCAACAACAAUUUCAACGGGGAAAUCCCAUCCUGGUUUGGUUCCUUCUCUCAACUUCGCUACUUGGCUUUGGAUGGUAAUAACUUCAUGGGAGCUAUCCCAUCUUCUUUGUGUUCUUUGUCAAAACUAGAGGUCUUGUAUUUGCAUCAAAACAAUCUACAAGGACAGAUUCCUAUGGCAAUCGGAAAUCUUUCUAACCUGAGAUGGUUAUAUUUAGAUAAUAAUCAGCUUUCAGGUUCCAUACCUUUCUCGGUCUUUGGCAUAUCUUCAUUGGUAGAGAUUUUUCUUAGCUACAACCAACUAAUUGGUUCAAUACCCUCCAUCCAACUCAACAUUUCUUCACUGGAAACAAUUGCUUUGACAUUAAACAAUCUCACUGGCCAUAUCCCACCAAAUAUGUUUGAUUAUCUACCAAAAAUAAGAGGGCUUUAUUUGAGUGAAAACCUGCUUUCUGGUAGAAUUCCAAUAAGUUUAUUCAAGUGUCAAGAGUUAGAAGAUUUGUCCUUGUCUUUUAACUAUUUAGAAGGAGUUAUACCGGAAGAAAUUGGAAAUUUGACUAUGCUUAAGAGGAUUGCUCUUGGACACAAUGGCCUCAAAGGUAAAAUUCCAUUACAAAUUGGUAAUCUUCUGAGUUUGGAGAAAUUAAGUAUACCAAAUUGUCACCUAACUGGGACUAUUCCUUCGACUAUUGGCAACUUAUCAUUUUUAAAAUCUCUCGAUUUUUCUGACAAUAACUUGACAGGUCAAAUACCACUCCAAUUUGGCAACCUAGCAAAAUUGGAAGUCUUGUAUUUGGGAAUUAACAGUAUCUCCGGAAUCAUCCCUCCUUGUAUCUUUAAUAGCUCAAGUGUGAGAUUCAUUGAACUAUUAAUGAACCGACUCUCAGGCUAUCUUCCAUCAAGCACAGGCCUUUGGCUUCCGAAGCUUGAAGUCCUUGAACUUGGACAAAAUGAAUUAUAUGGAUCGAUACCUCCCUCCAUCUCUAAUGCCUCUCGGCUUACUACUCUUAGCUUUGGAAGCAACUCUUUUUCUGGAAAUAUUCCCAUCGAUUUUGGCAAUUUAAGAGAUCUACAAAAACUCAGCCUAGAGAAUAAUAGUUUGUUCUCUUCAGAAUUGACAUUCCUAUCCUCAUUCGCAAAUUCCAAACACUUGAUAUUCUUGGGGUUUAGUGGAAACCCAUUGAUCAGUGGUAAACUUCCGAUUUCUAUAGGAAAUCUCUCUGUUGAACAAUUUCACUCUUUUGGUUGCAACAUUAAAGGCAGUAUUCCAGGAGAAAUUGGCAACAUAAGCAACUUGAUUAGCUUGAACCUAGAUAACAAUAAAUUGACUGGACCAAUUCCCCCUACAAUCGGAAGAUUACAAAAAUUGCAAAGCCUUUCUCUUCAAGAGAACAAGUUAGGGGGAUCCCUCCCAACUGAGCUAUGCCAUUUAAAGAGUUUGGGUUUCUUAUAUUUCGCAGAUAAUGAAUUGGCUGGACCAAUACCUGCAUGUUUAGGUGAUAUUGUUUCUCUCAGAUAUCUGUUUUUGGACUCCAAUAAGUUUUCCAACUCAAUACCCUCAACCUUGACAAGGCUUACAGAUAUCUUGCGACUAAACUUAUCUUCCAAUUGUCUAAGUGGAGCCCUCCCAAUUGACAUUGGAAAGUGGAAGGUUAUCACCAGUAUUGAUUUUUCCAAAAAUCAAUUAUCGGGUGAAAUCCCGAAAAGUGUUGGUGAUCUUAUGGACUUGACCUAUCUCUCAUUAUCUGGUAACAGAUUGCAAGGAUCUAUACCAGAAUCAUUUGGUGUCCUAAUAGGGUUACAAUUCUUGGAUUUGUCAAGAAACAAUUUCUCAGGAAUCAUUCCCAAGUCUUUAGAGAAACUCUUCACUAUGUACCGCACCUCAACUGCGACUCCCACUCCCACCAUGCAAGGCUAA